GUCAACAGACGCCAGUCGAAUGCUGUUUUUCUACUCAAACAGUUGAAAGUUGUGUAAUCGCGGUAGGUCCGGUGUUUUGUGUGAAUUGAGUAAAUAAUAAAUAAUUGGAUUUAAUUGAGCUUUAAAAAUAGUUAAUAAAUUUAACAAAUAAAUCAUAAAAAAAAAAAAAAUGUCAAUACCAAAAGAUAUUAAUCCUGAUUUGGCGAAAGAACGUAAAAGUGCCACAUUCGAUGUAGAGGAAUUUUCUGCUUGGAUUUAUGACAGUGCAAAUCUGUUGCAAAUGAAGAGAUUAAUUGAGGAAGAACUCUAUAAAGACUUAGACGAUCCUAUCGAAUUGGAUUAUCUAUCCUACGAAGACAUCUACAAUCGCGGUCUUAAGCAUUCUGUGGAGGCAGUUAAGAAGUUGCGAGCGUUGCAAGAUCGCUUGCAUCCUGGAGGCAGCGAAAUUUAUCCUACCCUUAUGGGUGGACCCGUGGCUAUGGCUCUCAUGCCCGCCGGUACGCCAUUGGCAGUGCACGUUGUGAUGUUCACACGUGCACUCAGAGGUCAAGGUACACCCGAGCAAUAUGAGAAAUUCGGUCGAAGAGCGGACAAUUGCGAGAUCAUUGGUACUUACGCACAAACCGAACUGGGGCAUGGCACUUAUUUGCGAGGACUGGAAACACGCGCUGAUUACGAUCGCCAAGCCGAUGAAUUUGUGCUGAAUACACCCACAUUGACCUCGUAUAAGUGGUGGCCUGGUGGAUUGGGCCAGACUGUAAACUAUUGCAUUGUGGUUGCACAGCUGUACAUCGAUAACGAGCCGUUGGGAGUGCAGUUGUUUGUGUUGCAGGUACGCGAUGAGCAGACGCAUGCGCCACUACCCGGCAUCGACAUUGGCGAUAUUGGUAAGAGAAUUGGCAUGCCGGGCGUCAACAAUGGCUAUUUGGGUUUGAAGAAUGUACGCAUACCGCGCACGAAUAUGUUGAUGAAGAACGCCAAAGUGCUGCCGGAUGGCACUUUUGUGAAAAGUCCUGUGUCACAGCUCACUUACUUUCCGAUGGUGUAUGUACGUUGUAUGGUCGUGCUGAGUAAUUGCAUAUUUCAUGCUCAAGCUGUGACUAUAACGACACGUUACUCGGCUGUCCGACGCCAAAGUCCCAUUAACCCAAAUUUACCGGAACCACAGAUAUUGGAUCAUCUGACGCAGCAAAUGAAAGUCGUGCCGGAGAUCGCUGCAGUUAUUACUUAUCGCCUUGCUGGUGGCAAACUAUACAAAAUGUACGUACAAACCGCUAAAGCUGUCAACCGUGGCGACUAUUCGCGCCUACCUGAGUUGCAUGCUUUAGCCUGUGCCAUGAAGGCAUCCUGCACGUAUGACUCUGCAUUUGGUAUUGAGCGCCUAAGACUCUCCUGUGGUGGUCAUGGUUAUUUGGCAUCCGCCAAUUUGGGUAAUCUUUUCACGUGGGCCACAGCAGCGUGCACCUAUGAAGGCGAGAAUUCGGUGUUAUACCUGCAAGUGGGCAGAAUUUUGUUGAAAACCUGGGCGGAUGUGUUGGCUGGAAAGCAGCUGAUGCCUACAAUGGCAUAUUUAAGCGAGUGUGCUCGGUGGAGUGAGUUUCCGCAUUGGAGUGGCGAUUGGAUGUGUCUGGUGCAGGCUUUGCAGUUUGCGGCUACCAAUAAGACACGCAUUGCAUAUAAAAACUACAACGAGCGAUUAAAGCGAGACUUGUCGCCACCAGAGGCAUCCAACGCUACUGGUAUUGAGUUGACACAGGCAGCUGAGCUCCAUGGCCGGGCCUUUGUUGCCAACACCUUCUACGAAGAGGUUACUGGUAGUAGUAAAGCUAAGCGUUCGGCAUCACUGAACAAAUUGCUCGAAGAUCUGCUCGAACUCUACCUGAUACACACGGUCCAACGUCAUAUGGCUGACAUAUUGAGGUUCAUUCGACUAACCGAAGACCAUUUGACCUCUCUGCAAAGCCGCCUCGAAACAGCGCUCGCUCAGUUGCGGCCCAACCUUGUAGCCAUUUGUGAUGGUUUCGAUUUUCACGACAAAGUUUUGAGUUCUGUUUUAGGUUGCUAUGAUGGCAAUGUUUACGAGCGCAUUUUUGAAGCGGCCAAGAAAAGUCCCUUGAACAAGAAAGUCGUUCCGGCGUCAUUUGAACAACACUUGAAACCAUUUAUGAAAUCGAAUUUGUAAGGGCGUGGAAUUUAAAUUAUACCCGUACAUAUGCGGCUUUUGUGUUGGUGACAAUGCGGAAUUGAAAAAUAUGUGUCCUUAUGAAUGCGUAUUUGUAAUUGUGGAAUUAUUGUUAAUACUGUAGAAUUAUUGUAAAUAAAAUUCAGGGUGUAAUAAUACAA